GGCCUUUUGGUGUGUGUGUUUGAGCAGGAAGCCUGCUAUGUGUGUGAUCUUUGGGAGGAUGCCUCAGUUCGCAGUGGAUGGCUGCAGGGGUUGCUGAAUAUGCUGAAACACCAGAAAUACAUGGAUUUCAUAUGUGGAAAUGAAAAUGCGGAUUUAAGGAAGGACAUAUUUGAUGUCCUCUUGGACUAUUUACAGAGUCUAGAUUCCCAUGCCACAGUCUUGAAGAAAACAUUUCAGGCUACUGUGAGGUGGAUUGCUGUUUGUUCGCCUUUCCCUGAUCUGCUGCAGUUUAUUAUCAGCCAUGACCUUUUUCCUGUGUUGGAGAAACGUAUGUGUGAUUUGCGAUGGGAAGUGAGAGACUCCACACUAGAGUUCAUCGCCCAGCUGACCACUGCUCUCAACGUUAACAGUGGUUUCACUGAAGCUCUCCACACCAGUGGUAUGGUCCCUGUUCUCCUGUCUUCAUUGGCAGACACAGAAGGCUAUGUCAGAGCUAGUACUGUGGCUGCAGUUGGGGAGGCAGUUACUGCUUAUUUCCAUCAGGCGGCACUUGAGAGAAACAGCAGCCUUUUGGUGAGACAGUUACUCAUUGCACACAAUUCCAGCUUUCCAAAUAUGAUCUUCAGAAUGGUCCUGCAGUUUUCUUAAGUGAUUACCCAUUUCUGCCCAAUGUAGACACCUCAAUCCCAGAUUUUUAAAGCAAUCUGUUAGAUUCAGUAAUGUCAUAAAAGAGCCGAAAAGACACGUUUGACGCAAGCCUUAAGCAGACUGAAAGAAUUUGGGCUGUUUGACUUACUGUUUAACAGCUUGUUUGACUGUGACAGACCAGUGUGUGAAAAAGCCUGUGCACUCUUAGUAAGGCUCCGAACACUUACAGCUGAAACUGCAGAUUUGGAUCAUAGCUCUCUUGUCUUGAAUGUAUGUGAGAACAGAUGGGGGGAUGAGGUGCAGAGUAGAUAACUCAACAAACAACAUCUGUGUGUGAAACGAAUGGGCUUACAGGAUUGUAUGAGAGAACGGACAGUGAGCUGCAGUGUAUCAAAGAAAUUAGCCUGCCCAUGAAACUCCAUACUGCAUUCUAGUGCAGUAUGGAGUACCUCAAGGCUCAGUUCUAGGGCCGCUACUCUUCACGCUUUAUAUGUUACCCUUGGGAGAUAUCAUCAGGAAACAUGGUGUUAGCUUUCACUGUUAUGCUGAUGAUACGCAGCUCUAUAUUUCCUCGCAGCCCGGUGAAACACACCAAUUUGAAAAACUAAUGGAAUGCAUAGUCGAUAUAAAAAAUUGGAUGACGAGUAAUUUCUUACUGCUAAAUUCAGAAAAAACAGAGGUGUUAAUCAUAGGGCCUAAAAACUCUACUUGUAAUAACCUAGAACACUGUCUAAGACUUGAUGGUUGCUCUGUCAAUUCUUCGUCAUCAGUUAGGAACCUAGGUGUGCUACUUGAUCGCAGUCUUUCCUUAGAAAGCCACGUUUCUAGCAUUUGUAAAACUGCAUUUUUCCAUCUCAAAAAUAUAUCUAAAUUACGGCCUAUGCUCUCAAUGUCAAAUGCAGAAAUGUUAAUCCAUGCAUUUAUGACUUCAAGGUUAGACUACUGUAAUGCUUUAUUGGGUGGUUGUUCUGCACGCUUGGUAAACAAACUACAGCUAGUCCAAAAUGCAGCAGCAAGAGUUCUUACUAGAACCAGGAAGUAUGACCAUAUUAGCCCGGUCCUGUCCACACUGCACUGGCUCCCUAUCAAACAUCGUAUAGAUUUUAAAAUAUUGCUUAUUACUUAUAAAGCCCUGAAUGGUUUAGCACCUCAGUAUUUGAAUGAGCUCCUUUUACAUUAUACUCCUCUACGUCCGCUACGUUCUCAAAACUCAGGCAAUUUGAUAAUACCUAGAAUAUCAAAAUCAACUGCGGGCGGCAGAUCCUUUUCCUAUUUGGCGCCUAAACUCUGGAAUAACCUACCUAACAUUGUUCGGGAGGCAGACACACUCUUGCAGUUUAAAUCUAGAUUAAAGACCCAUCUCUUUAACCUGGCAUACACAUAACAUACUAAUAUGCUUUUAAUAUCCAAAUCCGUUAAAGGAUUUUUAGGCUGCAUUAAUUAGGUAAACUGGAACCGGAACACUUCACAUAACACCGUACUUUCUACAUCAUUAGAAGAAUGGCAUCUACGCUAAUAUUUGUCUGUUUCUCUCUUGUUCCGAGGUCACCGUGGCCACCAGAUCCAGUCUGUGUCCAGAUCAGAGGGUCACUGCAGUCACCCGGAUCCAGUACGUAUCCAGACCAGAUGGUGGAUCAGCACCUAGAAAGGACCUCUACUGCCCUGAAAGACAGCGGAGACCAGGACAACUAGAGCCCCAGAUACAGAUCCCCUGUAAAGACCUUGUCUCAGAGGAGCACCAGGACAAGACCACAGGAAACAGAUGAUUCUUCUGCACAAUCUGACUUUGCUGCAGCCUGGAAUUGAACUACUGGUUUCGUCUGGUCAGAGGAGAACUGGCCCCCCAACUGAGCCUGGUUUCUCCCAAGGUUUUUUUCUCCAUUCUGUCACCGAUGGAGUUUCGGUUCCUUGCCGCUGUCGCCUCUGGCUUGCUUAGUUGGGGUCACUUCAUCUACAGCGAUAUCGUUGACUUGAUUGCAAAUUAAAACAGACACUAUUUCAACUGAACAGAGAUGACAUCAAUGAAUUCAAUGAUGAACUGCCUUUAACUAUCAUUUUGCAUUAUUGAGACACUAUUUUCCAAAUGAAUGUUGUUCAGUGCUUUGGCGCAAUGUAUUUUGUUUAAAGCACUAUAUAAAUAAAGGUGAUUGAUUGAUUGAUUGAUCUAAAUGACAUGCAGAGGACAUUGAUGUUGAGUAGUGAUCAUGUUGUGAAUUCGCCCCAAUCGCUAAUGCAGGACAUUCUUUCAUCAGCCCAGCAAAGUGAGGAGAAUAUAGUGGAUUGCUAUU